AUGCAAAAAUAUAUUGAUCCACGUUUUGAAACUGACAAUGAUCGAUUGAUAAUCGCCAUAUUUUUGGUGGUUUUUCCGGUGAGCGCGAAAACUUUUUUUCGAAAUUUCAAGUUUCAAAUUUCCUUGUUUAGCCCCUGGCAGUUCUCCUCAAAUGCAACGGCUUCAAACCGCCCGUCUGCCUCACUUUUCUACUCUACCUAUUGCUCAUAUUACCCGCCUAUUUCUACGCGGUUUGGUUUUGUUUUGUUGGCGAAAGGAAGAUUUUUUGGCGGCGGGCAAACUAUGAAUAA